UUCCCUCCAAAAUCGAUGGGCCCGAUGUUCAUAAAGUUGGCAUCUCGCGAGCGAGUCCGUCCAAGCUAUUUCGAGCCAUGGCCUUCCUUGGUGUCUCCUUUCCCGCAUUGCCGACAUUGCCGACAUUGCCAAUGAGCAACCCCAAAGCCCCCUCCAAAAAGCCCGUCUUGAUCUUCCUUUUGAUCUCGAGAACUCAAGAUGCUGCUGCAGCACUUUGAAGCCUCCCAGCCCCCCAAUCAACCGACCGUCAAUACCGAGUGCCAGAGCGAUGUGGCAUGCGGUCGUAAGGCGUUUCAGAACAUUUUUUGGUUUCUGACAAAGUCGGGUGUGCUUCCGGUUGCCGCACCCUGGAGUGGACAUCCCGAGAAAAACUUUGACCGAGUCUGGAUCGAGGAUUUCUUCCGAGAGUACGCCAUGACCCAUACGAAACCGGGAUCGCGAUGCCUGGAAUGGGGAAUCCAUUACACCGAGGAGUUUUUCGGCCAAGUCUGUCAGAUCCGCGAUGCACUUGAAUACGGCGGACCCAGAAGCCCUGUCACGCACGCAACCGGUACUACCUUUUACGGAGACGUCCAUAGCCUGCCCGAGGAGAUGAGCAACACCUUUGACAUCCUGAUCAUCACCCAAGUCCACGAGCACCUCUGGAAUCCCAUGAAGGCAAACAAGGAACUCUUUCGCAUUCUGAAGCCGGGAGGUCUUGUAUAUGUAACUGCGCCGCACAUUUCCGUCUUCCACGGUGUGCCGGACGACUUUUAUCGAUAUACAGUCAAUGGUCUGAAGUCGAUCUUCAUGGACGCUGGAUUCGAGUGCCUUUUGGCGAGACCAUAUGGAAAUCUUGGAACAACGGUUGCAACCAUCAUGGGUUUCGACGUCGAUAGCUACACCACAAGUGAGAAGCACUACGCCCCUGCUGAGGAUGGGCUCUAUUCCGAAGUCAUGGGAAUCUUCAAGAAGCCACUUUAAUUGUGUCCGGUACUCGCGAUGAAAUCGCCGCGAUCACAGCAUGGUCGAGUGAAGUUCGCCAAUAAAGUGCUCUCUGUCAC